GUAAAAAAAAGAAUGAAAAAUUUAAAUUUUUCAUUUCCAGAAUAAAAUGCCGCCCAAAGCCCCCAUUUCAAAAUCCUCUCUUCUCGCAUAACCUUUCAACCAACUCCCCUCGAGCGCUCUCUUCACCCCCCCCCAUUCAUCAAGAAGCUCCGCCGCCGGUUACCGGAAUCCGUCGCGACAAUGCCAGAAGCCAGGGACAGGAUUAUGAGGGCCGUCGAUCUGGCCGAACUCUAUAUCAGGCGGCGGCAGCAGCUCGCUUUUGGCAGCGGUGGGAACUACCGCUGGGGGGAGACGGCAUCUCCAGGAGCCGAGACCCCCGCAGCACCGGACACCAGCGGACGCGUCCGGAGGAGCCCGUUCGCGAGGCGUGGCCGUGGAGGCGGCCGCCGGCAAGCAUAUCAGAGGAGAAGAGAGCGUCUGAGAGGAGAAGGCGGAGAUGAACAGCCAGAGACACCCGUGUUCCAGGUCUACACAGACGUUGAAGAAAGUGCUUAUCUUGAGCACAACAAUCCGAGCACCACGCCCUUAGCCGUUAGAUUGUGUCCACCUUCUUCUUCCUCGAAACCCGAUAAGGAAUGGGAGUAUGUGACUCCUCAGAGGAAGCUGCUGGACUCCAUCGACAAGGUUGAAAAGGCACUGAAAGAAGAGCUGGAGAAGAUGAAGAGGACGCCGAGCGCUAAGAAAGCUGAGAGAGAGAAGAAGGUCCGGACAUUGAUGACAAUGCGUUGAUUCGAUCCAUCUUCAGUCUACACUUCACUCAAUCAAGGUUGAGGGACGCCGGGGCUGGCUUGGAGCAUGGGGCUGGCUUGAUCAGUAGUUUUGAACAGGUUUAUGCUCCUACGAUUCCAUGUUUCUAAUUCCAUGGGAUUUUGGCAUGAGAAAGGUGCAAACAUGUUCUUGUGUUUGAAUACCCUGCCCCAUCAAUCCCAUGGGUUUGUAUAUGUUUAGACCUUAGGCACAUUAGUUUUGUUAUGUUCCAAUUUUCCAUAGGCUUUCAUGUUCAAUUUGUGAGUAUUGUUUGGCUAUGCUGUGAAGACUCUAUCCUCACUUGGCCCAUUU